AUGGAGAAGGAUGAACCUGUUGCUGUCACCACAGGUGCGAUGGUCGACGAGACUGCGCCUGGUGAGAAGCUGAAGCAGCUGCGCGACCUCAAGAACCACCACCACUGGGAUCCUAACAUGCCAGAGGAUGUUAUCGAGGAACUCGAUGAGGCUUUGCACACAUCCGACAAGCAUACCCAAGAGGUGGUCGCCGACGAGCUCCUAGAAAACUCCCCUUACCCCGAGGUUCGUUCCGCUGUACCCAACAUUGAUGAGGGUGGAUCUGUCAACACUAUUCGCGCCUGGACGAUUGGUCUUCUAUUUGCGACCAUCGGUUCUGCCCUCAACAUGCUGUUCUCUAUGCGCCAGCCUUACAUUAUCAUCCCGUCAUACAUUGCACAAGUUGUUGCCUACCCAGUGGGAAAGGCAUGGGAAGCAUGGAUGCCCAAUUACACUUUCAACUUCUUUGGCUACAAAGCUGAGCUGAACCCAGGUGUGUUCACCAAGAAAGAACAUACAAUUGCGGUUAUCAUGGCAAACGCCACAUUCGGUGGUGGCGCCGCCUAUGCGACGGAUGUCCUCUUAGCUCAACGUGCUUUCUAUGUCCAAAACUUCGGUUGGGGUUUCGAAAUCCUUAUGUGUAUCUCCACUCAGAUGUUGGGCUUUGGCAUGGCUGGAUUCUUCACCCGCUUCCUGGUACAGCCCUCCGCCAUGAUCUGGCCUUCUACGCUGAUAAAUACCUCACUCUUUGCUGCGCUGCACGAUCGCACCAAACCUGAUCCCAAGAAUGUCGCCGGCUGGAGGAUCGGCAAAUAUCAGAUGUUCCUGUACACCAUGAUUGGCUCUUUCUGUUGGUACUGGUUCCCUGGAUACAUUGCACCCUUUCUGAGUGUCUUUGCCUGGGUCACCUGGAUCAAGCCCCAGAACGUGGUCAUCAAUCAACUGUUUGGUGGAGUGACCGGGCUUUCGCUUAUCCCAAUGACAUUUGAUUGGACUCAGAUCUCUGGGUUCAACUUCAGCCCCCUCAUCGCUCCUUGGUAUGCGAUUUCUAAUACCUUGAUCGGCAUGUUCCUCUGGUUCUGGAUUGUCACCACUGCCAUUCAGUACUCCAAUCUCUUCUACGGUCAGCACCUACCCAUAAGCGGCUCUAACAGUUACGACAACACUGGUAAAGUAUACAAUGUCUCCAAAAUUCUUACUCCAGAUAUCGUUGCUGUGCUCGUGCAGACCGGUCUUUUUUACGGUACGGAUAUUUGGGAUCGAUUCCGUCACGUCGGAAAGGAGGAGGAAGAUAUCCAUGGCCGUCUUAUGAGUCGCUAUGCUACGGUUCCUAUCUGGUGGUACUUGGGCGUGUUUCUGGCGAUGGUCGCAAUUGGCUUUGGUGUUAUCUUGGGCUACCCUACGCACAUGAGCUGGUGGUCCUUCAUAAUUGCCCUUCUCAUUUCCGCUGUUUGGUUUGUUCCUAUCGGCAUCGUCAAGGCUGCCACCAACAUCGACAUCGGCCUUAACGUGAUCACUGAGUUCAUUAUCGGUUACAUGCAGCCUGGUAAACCCAUGGCUAUGAUGCUAUUCAAGACCUACGGUUACAUUACCAUGUACCAGGGAAUGUACUUCACACAGGAUUUGAAAAUUGGUCACUACAUGAAAAUUCCUCCGCGCGUUACUUUCAUGGCCCAGAUGGUCGCUUGCCUGUGGUCAUCCCUCGUCCAAAUCGCCACCAUGAACUGGGCCCUGGGCGCAAUCAAGGACGUGUGCAAGCAGUCCCAGCCCAACCACUUUGUCUGCCCUAAUGGUCGUGUGUUCUUCAACGCCUCCAUUAUCUGGGGCGUGAUCGGACCCGCUCGGAUGUUCUCUGUCGGCCAGCUAUACUCGCCCCUUAUGUUCUUCUUCCUCGCCGGCGCCAUCCUCCCCGUCCUCAUCUACUUCGGUGCCCGUUUCUUCCCCAAGAGCCCCAUCAAGUAUCUCAGUGCUCCUAUCAUCUUCGGUGGCGCCAGUUUGAUUCCUCCCGCUACCCCUCUGAACUAUCUCUCCUGGGGUAUUGUCGGGUUCGUCUUCAACAAGUGGAUUCGUGACCGCUGGCGUGGGUGGUGGAUGCAAUACAACUACGUCCUGUCCGCUGGCCUGGAUGUCGGUCUCGCUCUGUGCACCAUUCUCAUCUUCUUCACCCUCAACCUAACCAAAACCAACUUCCCCGAAUGGUGGGGCACCAGGAUCGCCGCCAACACCCUGGACACGUCUAAUUCCGCCAUUCGGGACCCUGUUCGUACGGGCAAGACCUUUGGUCCUACCACAUGGUAG